AUGGAUGAUGAUUAUAAAGAUAAUAAAAAAAUAAAACCGCAACAAAAACUUUAUAAGCCAGGUAGUGGGCCCUUAAGACGAUCUAGGUAUGGUUUGGAUGUUAGAAUGGAUUCUUAUGAUUUAGAUAAUAGCUCAAGAGGAAAAGAUACUUGCUACGGCUCUCAACAUUCUAUAAAUGGCGAAGAUAACAAUCUUCCAUGUAGAGAAACAGCUAACACUCGAAUUAGAAAGCCUGAACAACAGCAUUAUGUACCUAAGACUGGAGAUUCCUGCUCAGAUAUUGACAAACAACAUAAAUCUUCAUUUAAGUUUGAUAAUUCUAGUCAAUACAAUAACAAACGGAUGGUUGACAAACAAGAUAACCUUGGUUUUAUAGGUACAGGGUCUUAUUCUAAAGAUUCAGGUAGAGAAGUUUACUGUAAAGAAGGAACUAAUAAUGAUGUUAACUAUAAUAGACAAUACAGACAAAGCUCAGAAGCUAGAUCAAUAUCACCUACUCAAGGAUUUUAUGAACAGAAAUCUCUAGAUCGGAAUAGAGAUAGUAGAAGCAUGGAUACAUGGGCUGGAAGGCAUAAAUCGGGGUCUGGUGGAAAGCCACCAUCAGGUAGAAGAAACUCAUCAGGUUUUCCAUCUGAUUCUCGACCUAAACAUAUAGUUAACUUAGAUAACUUACCUCCAAGAUUUAGGAAAAAAUAUUUAGAACAAUCAGGGCAUCAAAGUUUUGACAGUGUAGACCAAUUAAAUAAAGAACGCUAUAGCAGUAAUGAAAUGACUCAGUCUUAUAAUUCUGGCCAAUAUUAUAAUAACAGCAAUACUAAUUGGUCUCAGACAUUGCCAUCAAGAGGAAGAGGACGCUUACGUGAUAAUGAAAACUUCGAUAGAGAAAAAUUUAUUAAUUCAUAUUUAAAAACAUAUGAAGUAAAAAAAUCUGGACACUUGAAAGAUACUGAAAAUUUUGAUAAGGACAAAUUAAUUAACUCAUAUUUAAAAAAUUACGAGGUUCACAAUUCUAGAAGGUCAACUCCAAGUAAUUCUUACACAAAUCUAUAUGAUACAAUUGCAGUGGAGAAUAAAGGCAUAGUUGAAAACCAUGAUUUUCACACAAGUCAUUAUGAAAAUGCAAAAAAUUCUUGUGAUGAUGGAUCAAAUAAUGGUGCAAGUAAUUCAAGUGAUGUCAGAUAUAAUAAUAAGAAUUCAGAAAAUGUGCAAGAUAAUAGUGAAAACCAGAAUGACAGUGAACCUUUGUCAUAUAUCUCUACUAAUCUUUCUGACAUGACAAAUUUGGAUUGGACAGAAGAAGUUGAGAAAAAUAUUAAACUUGAUGAUAUGUGUGACUCCUCUACUUCAUUCUCUCAAAGUUUGAAAUCCUCGACAGCACAAGAUGCUAAGACAGUGGAACCACGAGAGUCCAAAAGAAGUGGUAGAUCUCGACGAAGAGACAGAAGAAGUUCUAGUAGAGGACAAAUAAACACUGAUAAAAAGGAAAGGAACAGAAAAGAUAGCAACGUUAGCAUACAAUAUGAACCUGAGCGCCAUAGGAGAGACAGUAACGUCAGCAUACAACAUGAAACUUUACCAUACGGUCUGAAACAUCGGGAAAGGGAAAGACGUGACAGUCACAGGAGCAAUCGUUCCUCUACUAUUGGAAACAGUAGAGAUGAUUUGGAUCGAUGGAGAUCAUUAAGAUCUUAUAGCCGCGAACAGAGUUCAGAAAGGAGAAUAGUUUCACAGUGUAAUAGCAGAGAUACCUCAAAGAAUCGUGCUGUCAGUCCUAAAGACAAUGAUGGAUUCAGAGUUCCAUCAGUAGCUGGCAAAUCUGCUACAUGGUCUUCAGCAAAUCAGAAGAAGGGCAACCCAAAUUGGAACGGGGGUCGUACACCGAGUAUAGAGAGGAAGCAGUCGCCGACGCCGAGCGCGUCGGAGGCGGGCGGCGCGCGGCGCUCGCGCAAGCGCGCGGGGCGGCGGCGCCAGCGCAACGCGGAGGCGCCGCCGCCCGGCGCGCAGCCCGCGCCCACUAAUGUCAACUGGAGGGACGAGAUCAUUGAGUCCAAGAAACAUAAUGCUGCUGAUAGACAAUCGGAGAACAAUCAUCAAAGGAACAGACUAAAUAGUGUUCUCUCAGAUAAAUCGGUAAAUGAGCCUUUAUCUCAACCUGGGUUAAUUAUUUUACCACAAAGCUCGAUGACACACAUGCAAAAGGAUCAAGGACGCGGCGAAUAUGCUGAAAAUCAAAAAACUUUAUUUGACCAUCAAAAUCCAACUAAACCAAUAAUUGUGCAAACAAGUCCAACAAAACAUGACAUGAGAAUGGAAAGAGCAGUAAAAGAGUCGUCUGGCCGUAGCUACGAGGCGGGGGACGCGUCGCGCGGCGCGCGCCAUGUGGCGCUGUUGCAGAAGGUGGACCGCGCCGACGCCAUACUCAAGAUGCACACGAUGCGCGGCCCGCUCGCGCUCGCUGCCAACUGGCCGGAUGUCGCUGAGACCAGGAAGUUUCUACAGGGUGCACUUCAGAGGCUCUUAUUGUCUGACUUAAAAUACUGCCAAGCAGAUAACAUUGAGCAUCAAUUCUGGAAAAUUCUUUAUUACCAUUUUAUUGAAAAUUUAAGAAAGAGUGUAUCUCAAGUGACUCCCGAGGAGAAGCCCGAGGUUGUCAAACUAAUAAAUACUAUUAUAGACGAAGGAAACAUUUUCUUUGAGAAUCUCGUACAUAUGUUAGAGAAAACUUAUAAGUUCAAUACAGAAGAUUAUAUUAACGACAAUCACAUGCUACCGCCCAAAGGCCUCGGCUAUGUGGGCCUGGCUUUGAUUUCCGUUCAGAAGUUAUAUGUAUUUCUAGGUGACUUAGCUAGAUAUAAGGAACAAGUGAAUGAAUCUAACAAUUUUGCUAAAAGUAAAUUUUGGUACACAAAAGCACAGCAAAUAAAUCCCAAAAACGGUAGGCCCUACAACCAGCUGGCAAUCUUAGCUAUUUAUGCGAGAAGAAAACUAGACGCAGUUUAUUAUUAUAUGAGAAGCUUAAUGUCGUCAAAUCCUUUUCAAUCAGCGAGGGAAAGCUUGCUGUCUUUAUUUGAUGAAAAUAGAAAAAAGUAUGAGGCAGCGGAGCGGAAACGUCGAGCAGCAGUAGAACAAGCAAGGGGAGGUGAGAACGGCAGCGAGAACGGGAUACGCGGGAGUGCUGGGGGCGUUGGAGGUGUCGCCGGGGCGGGGCUGAGGCGCGAGGUGUGGGUGCGGCCCAGCGGCCAGCGCACCACCACGCUGCGCGCGGCGCCCGACGACUCGCUCAGCUCCAUGACCCCUGUAGAGUUAAAUAAAAAUUUCAUCACGAGUUAUUUACACGUACACGGGAAACUUAUUACAAAAAUUGACAUGGAGACGUUCCACACGAGCGCGGCGCACAUGCUGCGGCAGUUCCGCGCGCUGCUGCACCGCCAGCCGCUGCCCACGCCGGCCGCGCGCCUGCUGCAGCUCACCGCGCUCAACAUGUUCGCGGUCGAGACCAACGCCGCUUCGCUUAAAGGAAAUAAUGGCAGUGAACGAUCGGCGUGGCUUGAAUGCGCGCUGGGAGUCUCCCUGCUCAUGUUUGGAGCUCUACUGGAGAGGUGCUGUGCCCUGCUGCCGGAGCCGGCGCACACGCAGCAACAUGCCGACGCCUUACUACUCCUUCCUGCGAUUAAGGUGUGGUCAGACUGGAUGUUAUGUCACAGUAGUGUAUGGAAUCCACCACCAACAUUUGACAAUUUCGAAAUAGAAAGCGAAAACGACCCGUGGGAUUGGCUCGCAAAACUUAUGAAUAUCCUCGAAGCUCUCGACGACAAAAGCAUAGAAUUCGAAAGUGAAAUGAAAGAAGGUAAUGUGUCCGUGAGGCUGCCGGAGGACGCGUCGCUGGCGGGCUUCACGCCGCUCAUGUACAUGGAGCCGGCGGCGGCGUGGCUGCCGGCGGAGCGGGCGCCGGCGCCGCACACGGCGGAGCAUGUGCUCAGGACGAGGAAACUGCUCUUCUUUGGGACUGAGUACCUCGUGGGUGUGGAGCCGCCGGUUCUAAAACUAGAAUACCCGGCGGGCGCGCAGCCGCGCUACGUGAGCGCCGUGCAGCGGACACAGCCUAACUAUCCGCCGUUGCAACAAUUGUCGGAGGACUCGGCGGACUCGGCGGACUCGGAGGCGGAGUCCCGCGCGGGCCGUGGGCCGGCCGGCCGCGCUGCGCCGCCCGACGCGGACGAGGCCACGCGCAAGCUGCUGCGCAGGAAGGAGCAGCUUGAGACGCGCAAGGCCACGCUGGAACGACGCAAGCAGAGAAUGCAGGAGAUGCUGGGCAGCGGCUGGGUGAGCGUGGAGAUGGAGGUGCGGCCGCGCUGGCUGGUGCCCGACACCAACUGCUUCAUCGACCACCUGGCGCUGCUGCAGGCCGCGGCGCGCCCCGCCGCCUACACGCUCGCCGUGCCUCUAGUCGUGGUAUCAGAACUGGAGGGGUUAAGGAAAUGCUCUCGGUUGGGGGAAGCGGCGCGCGCGGCCUUGGCGUGGAUAAGUUCGGGGGGUGCGGGGGCUGCGGGGGGCGCGGGGGGCGUGCGCCUGGCCACGGCGCGGGGCUCGCUGCUGGCGGCGCGCGGCCUCGCCUUCACGGCGGAGCAGGACCAGGCGCGCACCACCAAUGACGACCGCGUUCUCGCCACCGCGCUCAAUCUACAGGCUAACCUCAACGACUCUGAAAACCGCACGGGCGAGGCGGGCGCGGCGGGCGGCGCGGGCGGGGAGUGCGCGCGGCGCGUGCGCGAGGUGGUGCUGCUGACGGACGACCGCAACCUGCGCGUGAAGGCGCUGGCGGCCGAGCUGCCGGCGCGCGACCUGCCCUCCUUCGUGCAGUGGGCCGGCCUGCACACCGACCUGACUAGCGAGAAAUCGGCGGGUGCUACUCCAGAUGUUAAU